GCAGCGUCAGCCAGUCACUGACAGUCUUCCACCACUGGCAACGUCAGCAUGUUGUCCCGGUCAGUGUUUCUGCUGCUCGGUGUUCUGCUGAUGACUGCUGCCACUCAGGAUAGCGAGGAACAGCAGAAAGAAGAGGAGGAAAUAUACUUCAGCGUUGCCGCAAGUGAAGGUGAAGGGCCGCCUGAGAACGUGAUAGUGACGCCGGUGGGAUCCAACGCUCUCAAUGUGUCGUGGGAUCCAAAUGAGCCGCCGCCUGAAUAUUAUAGGGUCCAAAUUCUAUUUGAAUCUAUAGAUAAUAAAACGAACAACACAUACUUGUUCAUAAAUGGACUGAAAUGGUGCAGUUCUUAUAAAUUAAGAAUAUACGCAGUGUACAGCGAUAAGCAGUAUUACACUCCAGUAACAGGCACAACAAACAGUCCAGAGCCACCGCCACCACAGAGCUGCUGGUUCUCGAACGUAUUCACCUCAACAUUAGUUGUUAACUGGAUUGAUCCAGUCUUUAACUGUAGCAUUGAAAACCACAGCAUCAGUUGGUCGUGGGACGUUCUGUGGAGCGACGAGAAAGGGUCAAAUGAAACCUUCAGCAUGGAGAAUAACAUAAAAUUCAGCAAUCUUCAACCCUAUACGAACGUCACAGCCAGUGUGGCCGCCGCCAGUUCCGCAGGUUUUGGCCAACCAUCAACUUGCUGGAAUGUUACUGAUCAAGAAACACCAGGAGCUCCUGUGAUCACCAGCAUCACCUCCUAUGAACUCUCACUGUACGUCUCCUGGUCACCGCCUGAAGAAGCGAACGGAGAACUGGGCGACUAUGAGAUCAACAUUGUGAGUGAGCAAGACGACAGUGACUACACCGUGUACACCAGCGACACGGAGGCUGUGAUCAGUAACUUGAGCCAGUGUGAGCCGUACCUCAUCAACCUCCGUGCUCAGACUGAUGUCGGCUGGGGACCCUAUUCUGAUACCUGGAAUAUUACUCACAAUGUUACUGUUGAGCCCAACUUCGUGGAGUGUCGCCAGGAGGAGAGCGUCAUCAGGGCGUGCUGGGCGCCCUGCUCCCCUGCCUGUCUCAUCUCCAGUGACACCCAGGACCUCUACACCGUCACCUGGCACGGUGACGUUCUCUGGUCCAGUGACGCAGACUCUUCUGGGAGCGACCCCAUGUCCUGGGAGGAGGUCCCUGAGCUGUGUUACCAGCUGUCGGGCCCCUAUGUCCCCUACACUAACUACAGUCUCUGUGUGGGUGUCUACGGCCAGGUGACAGCCACCGGGUGCUGCUCCGCUCUCACACCACAGUCUGCGCCAGGUCCGCCUGUCAUUCUGACGGUCACCUCAUUUGACGGAUCAGCUUCUGUCUUGUGGCAGCCUCCUGUCAAAGUCAAUGGUAUAAUUUCGAUAUAUGAGGUCCACUAUAGGAGUGAAAAUCAUUCUGUACUUAUAAAUGUGACUGGAGGAGACACCGAGGCUGUGGUUGAUGGUUUAGAUGUCUGUGAGAACUACACCAUCACUGUGAGGGCGAUGACUGAGGGCGGAGAUUGGGGACCCGAGUCUGAGCCCUCGGCUGUUACCAUCGAUGGUCCGGUGGCACCAAGUCCCGUGGAGUGUUCAAUUGUAGAGGGUGACGUGAAGGUGUGCUGGACGCCGUCUCCCCGCUACUGUCCCAUGGACGGCUACACCGUCACCUGGGACGGCGCCAGGCUCUGGACACACAACACCGACCAUGAGGCUGGCAACAGCACAGAGCCUUGGGAGGACGAGAGUCAGAGCUGCCACCAGCUGGAGAACACUGUGCCAUACGCGGCCUACAACGUCUGUGUCAGUGUGUCGGACUAUGACACAGACACCACCUGCUGCCACCCGAUGACACCAGAGGCUCCUUCGUCAGCACCCACUGACCUGACGGUGGAGAGCCUCAACUCCUCCCAGGCGCUGCUCUCCUGGGACCUGCCUCUCCGCCUCAAUGGUCGGCUCCUGGGCUGGAACCUCUACUGGAAUGAUGACAAUGACAUCAUAAAUGAUGCAUUUUUUAACUCGACAGACUAUACAUAUCUGAUUGAAGAGCUUCAUCCCUCUACUGAAUAUUCUGUCAGGUUAAUGGCUGUCAACGGGAUGGGUCCUGGUGCUCCAGCGGUCGUGAACUUCACCACCACCGAGGCUCAGCCCAGCCCGCAAGCCAGCCACGUUGGUCUCAUCGUUGGGUCCUCCGUAGGUGGCGCGCUGCUUCUAGCGGUGGUAGUGGCGGGCAGCGUGUUCUACGCCUCCAGGAGGUCGUCCCGUAAUAAUAAACCAUUAUAUGCAAGUCGCGAGUCACUGUCGACCAACAAAAGUAUUAUGAAUAAACGGAAGUCGAAGUCAUAUGAUUUAGUCGACAGUGGAAUCCAAAAUUACCCUCUACAGAGACGGGCUUCGGAGGCCCCUGGAGCAGUUAGUAAAAUGGACAAUUAUCCUGUGAAGAGACGAGCAUCCGAGGCUUCACUUGGAGUCGGCAGACCGAAUAAUUACCCUCUACAGAGACGGGCUUCGGAGGCCCCUGGAGUAGUUAGUAAAAUGGACAAUUAUCCUGUGAAGAGACGAGCAUCCGAGGCUUCACUUGGAGUCGGCAGACCGAAUAAUUACCCUCUACAGAGACGGGCUUCGGAGGUCCCUUACCCUAGAGUGGGUAAGUAUCCCCUACAGAGACGCGCCUCUGAGAUCCCAAGUCAGGUCAGCAGAAUGGAUAAUUAUCUUCAGAGACGUAAAUCUGCGGCCUCAAUUACAACCGACAGUCGAAUGAUGAGAUAUCCUGAUCCGAGACGCUCAUCAGAGGCCUUCGGGAGAGUCAACAGCGGGAUCCAUAAUUACAACGGACAGCGACGUGCCUCUGAAAUCCCCGGUGGAGUCCACAGUCGCAGCAGUAACCUCGCGAGGCGUGCAUCGGAAACACACAGUGGUAUCAGCAAUGCAAGAAAAAAUGUCCCUCUACAAAGACGUUCAUCAGAAAUCCCUGGUGGGAUUAACGCUGAAGGAAAAAAUAUUCCUAUAAGUAGACGUGCGUCUGAAAUGUGGGGCGGUGUAAACAACGAGAUUAAACAGUUCCAUAGACAAUUGCGUGCAACUGGAACUGGAGCACUAGGUGGAGCCCCAGGUGGAGCCCCAGGUGGAGCCCCAGGUGGAGCCCCAGGUGGAGCCUCAGGUGGAGCACCAGGUGGAGCACCAGGUGGGGUCACUAGAGGAAUCAACAAUGACGCGAAUAAAUACCAUGGGGAAAGACGAGCAACAGAAAUGUAUGGUGGGAUCAAGCCUAGACUGAGCAAUUACCCUGAACAUAGUCGCCGAUCAAUAUACCCCACAGCCAGGAGCACCACAGCCAGGAGCACCACAGCCAGGAGCCCCACAGCCAGGAGCCCCACAGCCAGGAGCCCCACAGCCAGGAGCCCCACAGCCAGGAGCCCCACAGCCAGGAGCCCCACAGCCAGGAGCCCCACAGCCAGGAGCCCCACAGCCAGGAGCACCACAGCCAGGAGCACCACAGCCAGGAGCCCCACAGCCAGGAGCCCCACAGCCAGGAGCCCCACAGCCAGGAGCCCCACAGCCAGGAGCCCCACAGCCAGGAGCCCCACAGCCAGGAGCACCACAGCCAGGAGCACCACAGACAACAUGUCGGGCUGGUCACUCUCUGUGCUACUUCUGGGCGUCAUGCUGGUGACAGUUGCCGCCCUCGACAGUGAGGAGCAGCAGAAAGAAAAUAAAGAACAUCUUAAAGUGUCUUUAGAGCCAGGUGAAGGGCCGCCUGUGAACGUGAUAGCGACGCCGGUGGGAGCCACCGCCCUCAACGUGUCGUGGGACCCGCCAGAGACGGCGCCUCAGUAUUAUACUGUCGAUGUUACGACAAUCUUCAAUGCUGAAACAUCUGACACAUUCUCCCUCAUAGACGAACUGGAAAGUUGCCAAUACUAUGCAGUUGUUGUGUCGUCUGUUUACUAUGAUGGGGUGUCCAGUCCAAGUUUUGGGUCUGGCACAACCAAUGCUCCAGUACCGCCAGCGCCAGAUAGCUGCUCGUUAACUCUAACAUCAUCAAGCACGGUGACUGUUAGCUGGCAUGACCCGGCUCUUGAGUGUGGCAGUUUUGAUCACGACAUUAAGUGGUCGUGGGACGUCCUGUGGAGUGACGAGCAAGGCUCAGAUGAAACCUUCAGCAGUGAGACAAGCAUCACGAUCCCCGACCUCUCACCUUACACCAGCCUCACAGUGAACGUAGCAGUGAUCAGUACGGGAGGAGCUGGUCAACCCACAUCUUGCUCCAUCACCACACCUGAGGAAGCUCCUGGACCUCCUAACAACUUGCAACUAGAGCAGGAAGCAACGUCUAUCACCGCCACCUGGGACCCGCCUCAGGAGAUGAAUGGCGUGAUUAUGGGUUACCUGGUCAUGUGGGAUGACGGAGAGGGUCUUCCUGACGAGGCAACUCUCGAUAAUUCAGCUCGUUCAUAUACAAUUCAGAAUCUUACACGAUGCCUGGAGUACACUGUUAGUGUUAGUGCAAAUACCUCCACAGGUUGGGGAGCAGAAGCACAAAGCAUGACCUCCAUCCCAAAUUAUCUUCCAGUUGAGGCUCUGGAAUGUUACGGGAGCGAGUCACGAGGAGUUGAUCUGGUCUGGAGCCUGGAGUCACCAGACUGUCAGGUGGCUGGCUUCACCCUCUCCUGGAACACGACUGUUGAGUGGUCCAACCAACAAGAUGAAGACAACAUAACCCUCUCAGGAGCCGUCACUAACUACUCCAUAGCCGACCUUGAGCCGUACACGGAGGUCAACGCCUGCCUGGUCGUUGAUGGGGUCGAGGGCGAAUGGUCGUGCUGCUCCUCCACUACCCUGGAGGAAGUUCCUGGACCUCCUGUCAACCUGAGUCUUGAGGUGGACCAAACGUCUCUCCGUGUCUCUUGGGGUUAUCCUGAGGAGAAGAACGGCGAGAUUAUAGCCUUUACGAUCUCGUGGGAAGAUUUAGAGGGCGAUUCGUAUAACGAGACGGUGGAUGCUGAUGUGCUCUCGUACACAAUAGAGCCCAUCAUUCCCUGCGUGGAGUACAAUGUUACAGUUACAGCCAGCACGUCUGCGGGCCCGGGAGCUGGAGCACAAGACCUGGCCAUCAUCCCAAAUUAUCUGUCGAGAGUGAGCUGCAUUAAUAGUGUGAAUCGACAAAUCAGUGUUACUUGGAGCCUGGCCGAGCCUGAGUGCACAGUGCCCAACUACAGCUUGGCAUGGAACUCCACUGUCCUAUGGGGGUCCAACCAACAAGACAGCAAAACUGAGACGGUGAAUGGGACGUGGACCGACGCGGUCAUCCCGUCCCUGGAGCCCUACACCAGGGUGGACGCCUGCCUGAGUGUGGGCGGUCAGGAGCAGGCGCCCAGGUGCUGCUCGGCCACCACUCUCCAGGAGCCGGCCUCUGAGCCGACUAACUUGCAGAUGGUGAACAGGAGCAGGACUUGGGCCGAGGUCUCUUGGGCCCCGCCUGAGCACCUCAACGGCGUGCAGACGUCCUGGCACCUAACCUGGCGCACCGGCUCUUCCAUCGUUAAUGAAUCAGAUAUUGCUUUAGGGAUUAAUAAGCGCGUCAUUACAGACCUCCAGCCCGACACUAACUACCUUGUUAGCUUGCAGGCUCGCAAUGUUGCAGGACUCGGAGCUCAAGCAAACAUUAGCUUCAUCACUCUUCCAGACAUUCAGUCAAAGAGUAACGUCGGAGUGAUUGUUGGGGCUUCUGUUGGCGGAGUGGUGCUGCUGGUGCUGCUAGUGGGAGGCUUUACCUUCUACUUCACCAGGAGGUACAAUAGAAGCGAUGACUCCGAUCGGUCCGGCUCUGUGUUAGAAAAUCGAGAUCAACAAUACGUGAGACGCGAGUCACAAGCGUUUGGCGGGCGGCGGCCCUCGGGAGCGAACAAUGGGAGCAGCGUUAAUGGAGAUGUUUACCAGGGAGGCAGACGGCCGUCCCAGGCGCAAUAUGCAAAAAGAAUGAGCCAGGCUAGUGUUGAUCCUUGGAAGGGUCCAUCGCAAGCCCUCGGCGCAAGAAAAUAUAGUCAAGCUUAUCUUGAACAAAGACGUCAGUCACAGGCGCCUUCUACAGCAGGAAUUCUCGGUGAUAGUCAUGGACAGAGACGUCCGUCACAGGCGCCUUCUACAGCAGGAAUUCUCGAUGAUAGUCAUGGACAGAGACGUCCGUCACAGGCGCCUUCUACAGCAGGAAUUCUCGAUGAUAGUCAUGGACAGAGACGUCCGUCACAUCCUACAACCAGAACUCUUGAUGUUGAUCUUGGGCAGAGACGUCCGUCACAUCCUACAACCGAAAAUAUAGAUGUUAACCAUGGACAGAGGCGCCCGUCUCAGGUACCUACUGCAAGCGGAAGUGACUACACGCACUAUGGAGAAAGGCGUAAGUCUCAAGUAGGCGAUGCAAGAAGAAGUAGUGAGGCCUACCCGGGUUUGAGACGUUCCUCGCAGGCGCCUGCUCCAGGCCGACUUGGCCCUGGUCACUCUGGACCACGGCGCGCCUCCGAGGCCGCCAUAGGAAAAGAUAUUGAAAAGAAUUAUCUUCCAAGAGACAGACGGGCUUCAGCGGCACCUGGUGUAGGUAACCGCGAAGGCCCAAGCUACCUUGAUCAGAGACGGGCUUCAGCGGCUCCUGGUGUAGGUAACCGUGAAGGUCCGAGCUACCUUGAUCAGAGACGGGCUUCAGCGGCUCCUGGUGUAGGUAACCGUGAAGGUCCGAGCUACCUUGAUCACAGACGGGCUUCAGCGGCUCCUGGUGUAGGUAACCGUGAAGGCCCAAGCUACCUUGAUCACAGACGGGCUUCAGCGGCUCCUGGUGUAGGCAAUAGAGGAAACCCGAAUUUCCCUGGACAGAGACGCGCUUCAGAAAUGCCCGGUAGAAGCUAUUAUGAAAUGCAAAGUUACCCCAAACAAUGACGUGUGGGAGGCAUUUGAGACUCGAGACCAACCUGACCCGAAGGAACAGUCCGAGGGAACACCAACACAACACCAUCUCCUAUAAAUGAAUACUAUUGUAACAAAAAAUGCAAUAAAUAUCUAUUCAACAGAAUGUCUGUCCGUCUAAGAUUGAAGGCCAGAAGAUGUGAGAUAGUUCCGCCAAAAUCUGCAGGUAGCCUUUCUGAUGUUAGAGGUAGUGUGGGGGCUUCUGUGUUAUGUCCCUUGUGUAGCCAUCCUCAUGUCUUGUGGGGCCUCAGUCUUAUAUAUUAUGUUAUUUUGGCAAUACUUCUAUGCCCGCCCCACAUAGUCUGGUGGGUAAAGUGAGCGUCCCGUGUGUUGCAGGGCUGGUGUUCGAUCCCCCGAUGAUCUAGAAAGUGUAGCGCCGUUCCUUCUCACUGUUCACAUAUCCCAGAUCCUGGGCCUCAUAUCCCUGGCUGAGCGGUUGCUCCUCAUAAUUACUUUUCUCUUCUGAAGCUGGUGAAGGGAACUUUCUCACGGGAUUAUUACUGAAGCCUUAAUCAGUCUUCUGUCAUUACUUCAGACUUUUUUGUACAUUGUAUCAGCCUCUCAUCAUGAAUGAGUUAGACUUCGCGUCAUAGUGAAGUGGCUUAUUAUUCAAUCCAUUCCUCAUUAUUAAUGCCUUAAGCCACCAAGCUUAAAGCUCUACCAUGAGGUAGAGCUUUAAGCUUGGUGAUAUUACGUUAUCCAUUAUGUAAUUAUACCAACGUACGGUAGCUUGGUCAGCUUUACCUGGUAAUGUAAAUAUUUAAUUACUUCAUCCUUAGCGCGCUAUGUAAGAUUUAAGUCUUGUGCAAUGUAAGCCCGGAGGCAAUAUAAGAGCCUUAAGUUAUCACAUAAACCAGUAAACCAUUUGAAAAAAAACUUUAAUUGGUAGAAUUAAGGCCUUAGGGCUGUUGUAAAAAGCCUUAAGAAUUAAGAUAUAUUACCAUGCCCCAAGGCCUUUUAUAAUGACUAAGAUUUAUAUACUGUAUUAGUCUCUUAGUUAUACUGUAUUAGUUUUUUUUGGUGAUUUUAUAGUGACCAAAGACUUAUAUCAUUAUAAAA